CAAAAUUUUCUUUUAUAGUCCGAUUCUGACACUUCUAUUAUUACUAUUGAAAUACCUGAAAAUGAAUGGCAAUUUGAUCCAUCCACCAUUACUUGGCCUAGACCCUUUCACAGCACUCAUAGAACAGUGACUUAACCAUAAUUUUUUGUUUUUCUCAUUUUUUACUUUUCACUGACUAAUUCAAUGUCAUAUUUUAAUUAUUUUUAUUUUCAGGAACCUGUUCAGGAUUGUUCAUCUGCUACAUCACCUUCCCCAACUCCAUCAACAGGAAGUAACAUGUCGAAUUUAACUGAAUCAGUUCAACAAAACCCAUCUGGAACAUCAACUUCUCCAUCUCCUCUUCCGGAAACUGAUGUCGCCAAUGUGACUGAUAGUAAUCAGCCUUCAACCUCCAGUGCUGAGUCCUCCCGAGCAGUGACUGUUCCAUCUGCAACUCCUCGAAAGAGGAAGAAAACCAAGAAAAAUGGUGAUACUUAUCCUUCAACAUCGACUGAUGGAUCUUCUGCAGAAGCCGCAACUACUUCAUCAUCGUCUCCUGUGCCAACGAAAAGGAGUAGGAAAAAUCCGAAGCCUCGUGCUCCUAGGAAGAGGACCACAAAAACAAAGAAAGCUGGUGCCACAACAUCAGCUGAGCAAUCUACAUCUUCAGCAAAUGGCACAGUGAAUUCAGAUUCAUCUGCCACAUCAAGUUCGCAACAAGUGGUACCUGCAACUGAAGAAAGCAAUCAGCAAUCAAUCUCUCCUACAAGUCAAUCGCUUACAUCAUCAAUUUCAAAUUCUGAUCCUGCUCAACCAUCAACCUCAUCUCCUUCAGCAACUCCAAAUUCUGAGCAAGCAGCAACAUCAUCUCAAGAUUCCAGUUCUAGCAAUGUAAAUUAUCCUUCCACGUCCUCUGACAAUUCCAGUAGCAGCAAUUCUAAUCAUCCUUCGACAUCAUCUGAAAAUAAUAAUGAUGGCACUUUCCGUGAACGUUUUAAUCGACGCAACCAGAGAGUCAUCCCUUUGCGUCAUGCCUCAGAGCUUAUAGUUGGGCAACUUUAUACCAUUGUUAAUAUGCAACGUGUUAAUACCAAGUACGGAAGUUCUAUAAGAGCUGAGUUGGUUGAUGACCGUUCACCAGUUAAUCGGUCAUUCCUAUUUUUGCCUACACGCUUCAGAGAUACCUCUGAGGACGAUCUCAGACAAAUGAAUGAAGCUGCUGCUGGUGGUCAGCUUUUUUUGGUCUACAGAGGGAAAAUUGGUAAAGCUGACAUUAUUGACAUUAUAUAGUGAUCUAUUUUAUUCAUUUCGUAGAACCCUAUUCCUCAGUUUUGCUUUCAUUUUAACACAAAGUUUCCAAUUUCUUUUUGUUGUAAAAACAACUUAACCUAUACUAUUCUUUUUCUAAGUCAUCUACAAAGUAUUUUAUUUUUUGUCACUGAAAUAAGAUAUGAUCUGGUUACAUGAUAUACACUCUUAAUCUGCAAUAUAAUAAACUGUUUCAAGAAAUGAAAGUAGUUAGUUUUUGUUUUUCAUUGAUGAAAACAACAUGACAAAUUGGUAAAGCUGAAAUAAGGUACUCGACCUGGUACUCUGAUUGGUCGUUAAUAUUUAUUAGAAUUAUCAUUGUACAUUGUAGUCAUAUGUACCAGUAGAACUUCCUUCGAUCCUGAAACCUGUACAGCUUAAAAUCGGCCUUUAUAAGGUCAUUCUUUUUGGAGCACUUUUAGUAUUUUGACGUUUUUGGUAGGUUAUGGUUUUUUCCUUUCCAAACUUAUUUUAUCUUCUGUUUACAACGAAGAGGUGUUCACAUUAAUAUAACUUGACUAUU